UGCAGCAGCCAGCAGCCGUUUAAACCUUCUUCCCAUAAUGCACUCCCUGAGCAUCAGCGGGAAACCAAAAUGGCGAACGUGUUGGGGGAAAAUGAACCGUUUGUUAUCUUCUGAAGAAGACGGAGCGAGAGACCCGACAGUUACCGCCACAUACUGUAGAGAAUAAACCCAGCUCAACCAGGAGAAGAAGCGGGACAAACACACAGAAGUUCAGAGUCAUAUUUAGUUGUUUUUACAGUGUUUUUUUGGUCGAAGAGGAGGAGACCGAUGAGAGACUCAGGGGUUGUGGAUCACCUGUCUGUCCAUCACAGAGCUCUCCCCCAGCGGCAGCAGCAGCAGGCUGUGUCUCUGUCCCCCACAAGCCCUUCUGCUGGGGGAGAGUAUGGAGAGGACGAAAUGUCUGACAGGUUCACGGAGGGACAGGACGUCUUGGCCCGCUGGUCAGAUGGCUUGUUCUACUUGGGGACAAUCACCAAGAUAAAUCGGGACAAGCAGCGAUGCUUUGUAGUUUUUGAGGAUCGGUCAAAGUCUUGGGUCCUGUGGAAGGAUAUUCAGACCGGGGAUGAAGAUGAUGAAGAUGACGAGGACGAUGACAUUGUAUGCUCUAUAUGCCAGGAUGAAACUUCAGAUGAACCCAAUGAAAUUGUCAUUUGUGACAAGUGUGGACAAGGCUACCAUCAGCUGUGCCACACCCCCGUCAUCGAUUCCUCGGUCAUUGACUCAGAUGACAAGUGGCUCUGCUCAGAGUGUGAGCUCACUUCUAUGCCUAAGAGGGGGGGUGCACACAUGAGGGGAGCAUCUGCAAAAGGCUUUCUGCAGCAGGAGCAGCAGCAGCAUGUGGGGCUGCACCUGUCCCUUCCAUACGCUCUGGACGAACUGGUUUGGGACCAGGGCCACAAGACUAACGGCGAGCAGUGCUACUGCUACUGUGGCGGUCCAGGAGAUUGGUUCCUGAAGAUGCUGCAGUGUAACGGGUGUCAACAGUGGUUCCAUGAGGCGUGUCUCCAUUGCUUACAGAUGCCCAUGCUCUACGGAGAUAGGUUUUAUCUGUUUAUUUGUUCCGUUUGCAAUGGUGGACCAGAGUACCUCAGCCGACUGCCUCUCAGAUGGGAGGAUGUGACGCACCUGAGCCUGUACAACUUGAGUGUGAUCCACAAGAAGAAGUAUUUUGAUUCUGAGAUGCACCUGAUGUCGUACAUCAAUGAUAACUGGGAGCUGCUGCAGCUGGGGGAGCUCGCUAACACUCCCAGAUCAGAGCGAUAUGGAAGCGUACUGGAGGCAUUAAACAACAACAGCAGCAUGUUUAAGUCGGGGAAGGAGGUGAAGAAAAAGAAGCACUUGUUUGGGCUGAGGAUCCGUUUCCCUCCUGUUCCCCCCAACUCCGAUGAGCCAACCAGCAGAGCGAUGGAGAGGUCUUCACAUGAGAUCACCAUCAAGGGAUGUAAGUCCACCAUGAGAGCUUGCAGUACUUUAACCAACGGCACAGAGAAGAAGAAGAAAAAGAGGAAGCAAGGAGCACGUUCUCUGGAGACUAAACCACAACGCAGUGAACUCAGAUCCCAGGAGGUAAGAAAGCCUCUACCACUAGAGCCCCACACAUUGGAUCACUUGACCUUUAUCAAGAGUGAGCGGUCUGUGCAGUCUUCAAGAACCUCCGAUGUGGAAUCCAUAGGAGCCCUGAGCACCUCAGAAACUACCUCAACUAGCAUUUCAAGACAGUCCAGCUGUAGCUCCAGCAAGACGCGCUCCACCGCCUGCAUCAUGCCUGUUUCCGCUCCCCCCUUAAAAAGGAAACGUGGGCGACCACGACGGGUCCCCAACCCAGAGAUCCCCCCUCCCAGCCAUGCAGACCCAAACUCCUCAGCUAUGGAGAUGCCGAGCCCACUCCCAGGGCUUCACUCCACAGACAUAGUUCACGGCAUGGACCCCAACAGCCAGCUCUCCCACCUCAAGACCUCCAUCAGCAGCUAUUUCGGAGCGGCGGGGCGGCUGGCUUGCGGGGAAAAGUACAAAGUCCUGGCACGACGGGUCACCCUUGACGGCAAGGUGCAGUACCUGGUGGAGUGGGAAGGAGUCACUGCGUCCUAGACUUGUCAUCUUCUAACUUUUAACCAGCGCCUGCAGGACGUGGCUGUGCUAAGGACAUGUACACAGCCUGUAUUCAGAGCAUUAAUUGAUAUAUGCCUUUUGUUUAGUUUAGACAGGAGCAAGUUUUGCCUGUUAAACUUACUGCAAAGCCUACUGGUUCAGUGCACAUGCCUAAACAUGUCUUUUCCUCUUUGAUAAAGACGAGGCAUUGUCAUUAUACCACCCUAUAUUUGUGUUAUUCUGCUUUUAACUUUCAUUAUUUGCUUUGAAUGUUUACAGCAACCCCCACUUAUAUGGGGCAAAUAAUCGAUCCGUGCACUGCACCUGUAGGCUUUUAGUGAAUCAUUAUUGUACUUAAUUUUUAAUCCAGUGAUAUGCUUUUCAUUUCCAGACCAAUUAAGUAUGAAACUGUAAGUGUUUUUUUUGACAGAAUGUAGUUGGUGAGGCAUUAAAUGGUAAGUCUUGGAGGAUAAGAGGAAAGAGGGGACACUUUGUUCAAAGAUUAUUCAUUAACUUCACUACUUCAGUCAUGCAAUGAACAAUUAGUUUGGUUAACAUUUUUUUUUUUUUUUACUUUCUAGCAGUGUCCCCUCCUCUAAUCCUAGCUACAAGUACCUCUUGUUGGCCUUGAGCAGACAUAUCCUUCAGUUGUGUUUUGGAUAGUGUGCUAGUUUGUGAGCAGUUCAGGAGGAACUCAAAAACAAAAGAGAUGUGCUGCUGCAAAUGUUUUAUUUUAUAUAGAAUUAUACUACAUAUAUUAUUACCUUUUCCACUUGUAUUUUCUCGUCUUUUUUUCAAUCAGCAUUUUCUUCUCUUUUUUUGAUUAUGGAUUGCUCAUAUCAAAUUAUAUCCGUUAGGCCGUCAUCUCUUUUUGAACAGAGCUUUUUCAGCUCUUACAAGGCAGCAUUUUCUCCCAUGGUAAAGUUCUCUAAAUCCUUUUUUUAUGUUAGUUAAAGCUCCUAGUUUGAAUUUAAAUUUAAAGAUCAUAUCCCCCAAAUUAAGUGUUAUUUCAUUAUAUAAAUGUUCAGAAGCUAAAACCCAAGAGGACUUCUAGUAAAUUGUGUCCAUUCUAAAAAAAAGAAAUACAGAAAUUGUUUAUAUAGUAAAGAUUUAUUUCGAGAAGCUCCACCGCCUUAGUCUCAAUUAAUUAACCUUUAAAACAUUUUGAUUUGAAAUUGAUUAAAAUGACUGUUGACUGAAAUCUUUAAGGACCUAUUUAGUUUUGACUUUGUUGAUAGUUGCUGCAGAAGAUGAAUGUUGUAUACCCAGUUUCCAAACUUAUAGUUUAUAAGUUUUUUUGCUUUUUUUGUGCUGCCUAUGCAAGUUAGUCCUGGAUAAAAGUGUUGUUCAGUCAUAUAAUUGUGACAUAAGGGGAGCUUCAACAUUAUUAUGAUGAUUUGACUCUAAAUUGUUUUGUGUGACGGGUGCAAAAAUGCACUUGGAUUUUGCUUUCACAGUCAAGUUCACCAUGUAGUCUACACACUCAGGAUAUUCCCAAAACCUUCACUGUAUUGCAUAGGCCAUCAUUUGCAGCCUGACAGGAGGUUUAGAUAUAAGUUAUUUACUCAGUGUUGUUGGUCAGUAUUUUUAUAUCAGGUCCUCCUUUUGUCACAUUACUUUGGACCAUAUGUAUGUAUGUAAGCUUUUUUUUUUCUAUGAGCAAAAUAAUUUGUAGUCCAUUUUUACUGCUACACCUGCUUGUUUAAUCCGAGUCAGAAAGCAAUCACUGGAAAACUAAUAUGCUGUAUGUCAUUGCAUGAGGUAAAUAUUCCGUUGGUUCGGCUGUCUCUUUUCGAGAUGUUUCUAUUUUUGUUAAAAAAUGGACAGAGCUUUUUUCACAUUGAUACCUCUUCAUUAUACGGAUGUAGUCGGUGCAUUUGAAGUUCCUCUCUGUUCAGCCAGUGUCUCAGCCCACAUGUUGCAACCACUGGCUUCCAGCAGGCUUCGGUAGCCAAAGAACAUAACAUGUAACGUCUGCUUUGUCUCUUGAGAUUCUUCUUAUUACAUUUUUAUACAUCAUUAUGUAGGUUGACGUGAUACUUCUGAACCUGUUUAGUUAAAGGAUAAAUAAAAGCUGAUAUUUUCAAA